AUGCCUGUCAUCCUUACACUCCCGCCCCCGAAAUCGCCUGUAUGGUACCUAGCAUAUGGCUCAAAUCUAAGCUCAAGAAAGUUUAUUCAUGACCGAGGAAUCACUCCUCUUGGAAUCGCCGUGGUAGCGGUACCGGGCUUCACUCUAACGCUAGAUAGCGCCGGGGUUCCUUAUUCUGAGCCGGCAUAUGCUAGCAUAUCCCCGGGAGAAUGUGUUCAUGCCGAGAAACCUAUGCCGCUAAUUGGGACAGCAUAUUUGGUCACCGAUGAGAUGUAUAAGAAGGUCAUUAAGUCAGAGGGCGGCGGCAUCGCAUAUAGGGAAGUCGAAGUGCAAGCCCUCGUCGAAGCCUCGACGGAUAGGCGAGUCAUUACUGCGCGAACCAUCGAGUUGUUCGGCCAAGUCGACUUCCCACGCCUUAGGAAAAGUCAGCUGGGAGCACAGUUUUGGAGCGUUUAUGUUGAAUGCCCACGGACUUCGCAGAACUAUUCCGAUAGCAUCUACCGAGAAAUUAUCCAUGACACUCUUCAGCAGAUAGACCUUGUAUAUCGACUCAUUAAGGAGUUCCCCGAAUAUCUCAUCUACGCCGCCUCCUCCUACGAUAUAAAAUCUCAACUCGCCUCCGGGAGUAGCCGUGUAUCAAGUCUCAUGGGGAUCGAGGGUCUUCAUCAGAUCGGUAAUAGUGCCAGUAUCCUCCGCAUGUACCAUGCUCUUGGUGUUCGAUAUGCGACCCUCACACACACAUGCCACAACAUCUACGCCGAUAGUGAAGAACCUGAAACGCCUCUUCAUGGCGGACUCUCUGAGAGAGGGAGACAGCUUGUCCGAGAGAUGAAUAGAAUCGGCAUGAUGGUUGAUCUAUCACACACAAGCUUUCAGACUCAGAGAGAUACCAUUGAUAUUUCGCUCGCGCCGGUCGUGUAUACACAUUCGAGCGCUUACGCCAUACGCGAACACUCUCGAAACGUGCCUAACGAUAUCUUGCUUUCGCUGAAGCAGAAUGACGGCCUCAUCAUGAUUACAUUUUACCCCGAGUUUACUAGCGCCCAACCUGAUAAGGCAAGCCUCGAGGAUGUCGCAGAUCACAUCGAGUAUGUGGGAAAUUUCAUCGGGUAUCGACAUGUGGGGAUCGGAUCUGAUUUUGACGGUAUGGACCAUGGCCCUUCGGGAUUAGAAGACGUGAGCAAAUACCCAGAUCUGGUGAAAGAGCUUCUAAAUCGAGGAGUAUCAAGGGAAAAUCUGACAUUAGUUACGAGCGAGAACAUUGUGCGAGUGCUGGAAGUGGUUGAGAGAGUUGCUGCUGAUAUGAGCACUGUAAAACCGUUAGAAGAUGAUACGAAGCCUUUUUUCUAG